AUGAAGGGCAACAGAACAGAAGUUAAGGCUCACAUUCAAUGGAGACUUCACUCAGGAAAUUCAAGCUUCUGGUGGGAUAAUUGGCUAGGUACUGGACAUCUAGCAAGCUUCAGACACAGUAGUGGCAGACCUGGCAAGGUGAAAGUAUCUUAUUUCUGGUCUGAUGGGCAAUGGGAUAUUCAGAAACUUCAUCAAUACAAUCCCCAUAUUCCUGACAAAGCAAUCUGGCAACCCACCACUUCUGGGAAUUUCACCUGUGGUUCUGCUUGGUCAGUGAUUAGAGAAAAGAAAACUGUCUCAGUGACCAACAAAAUGACAUGGCAUAAUCACAUUCCCUUCAAAUGGUCAUUCUGCUUAUGGGGGGCACUAAGGAACAAACUGCCCACAGAUAACAGAGUGGCUAGGUUUGGGCCUCCUACUGUCAACAGAUGUGUCUGCUGCUCCAAUCAUUCUGCAAAGACAAUUGAGCAUAUAUUCAGUACUGGAAACUUUGCCAGGAUCAUUUGGAAACACUUUAAUGCACCUGUUGGAAGCCAAAGCUCCAUGCAAUCUCUUAGAAUCACCUUGAUGAAUUGGUGGAUUCAAAUAGGGAAGAAUGAAGUGCAGAAGCUCCUCCUAAAUACCAUGCCCAUCAUAAUCAUCUGGAACUUGUGGAAAAACAGAUGUGCUGCCAAGUAUGGAGCGAAAGCAUCAUCUGUUAGCAGAACUCUGUUCUCCAUCACCUCUGAUCUCCUCAUGCUACUCAGAACAUCAUACACCAAUGUAAAAUGGCCAUCCAAUUGGAUUGAAAUUUAUCAGAUCACUGAAGACCUGCAGCAUCACAUUUCAGUGCAACAGGUUAUAUGGAGGAGGCCAAGCCAUAGUUAUGUCAAAGUGAAUUCAGAUGGCAGCGCCCUUGAUAACCCUGGGAAAAUUGGAGCAGGCAUCAUUAUCAGGGAUCAUGAAGGACAGUUCAUCCAUGCAAUUGCAAGUCCCCUUGGUAUUGGUACCAAUAACCAAGCAGAAACUGAAGCUGCAUACAUUGGCAUCAAAUGGUGCAUUGAUCAUGGCUUCUCCAAAAUCCACCUGGAAGCUGAUUCCAAUCUCCUCAUUCUUUGGCUUACCACCAACUCUGAACCCCCCUGGUUUGUUAUCUCAUCCUCAAGUUCCUCAUAUGGAAUGAUCUCAGGGAAUGACAAACUUAAGGUUCAAUCUCCUGGAACCAUACCAAAUGACACCCAAGCACCACCCCUCCAGAAACACCAACACACAGAUGCAACAGAAAAAACAGAAAAUUGCAGUUUCAAUUACUGA